CCAAACUGCGGCAUCACCUGGGUGGCAGGGGGCGUUGGCGUAAAAGAAAGGAGCUCGGGGCAGCAUUAUCAUGAUCCGCACCGUCCUAGCCGCCGCCGUAGCGCGCGCGGCCCUGGCGGACCUCCACGCCCUCGCCCCAGCCACGAGAGAAGAGCACCGUCCCGCCGUCAAGCGCAGCGCGGAGAGGGCGGCCAAAGCGUCGCGGCUCCUCGCGGAUCACGGCCACCUGCUCCCCCCGGCGCUGCGGCAGAAGGGCCAGGACAUUCUGAACGAGCACGAGUUCCGUCUGCACGUGGCCCUCGACAGCGCGAACCCGGGCCUGGCGCUCGCGGCCAUCGAGAAGAAGGAAUCGGGGUACCUCAAGGCCUUUGCGAAGCUCGGAGGCGACAACGCGGUGUCGAAGGCCCGCAAGCUGCCGAAAGACGACGAGCGCACGAAGUUCCGCGCGACGCGCGUGGUGCUCCGAGAGGCGACGGGCAUCGACGCCGAGGAACCGGUCUGGGGCGCGCCGUUCCGGGCGCUCGAAGCGCUGUUCGGCGAUGGCCACGCGCCGAUGGAGGCGCUCGGCGUUUCGGCCAAGUUCUUCGAAGAUGGAAGGUCUCUGACGAAGCGGUACCACGUCGCGCUCCAGCCGCCGUGCGACUGCUGGACGUUUGGGCGCGCCGCUGUUGUUGAGCAAGCGAGAGGCGUCGCCGAAUCCCUGAAAGCGCCGCCGCUCGUCGACACCUGGCUCGAUGCCAUCGCGGCCGACGACACCGGGAAGCUGCCGAGCAUUGGGUUUGGCGUGAGCGCGGACGACGGCGCGUGCAAGCUCUACGUCCUGAAUUUUGGCGGCCACGAGCUCCCUACCUUACCGCUCGUCGAUUCGUUACCGCCGACCGCGCGCAAGCCGGACCGGGCCUCCUCGGUCAUGGUCUCGGUCGAGUGGAAGUUCGGCGACGCGAAGACGCAGCUGCGCCAGUACGCCGUCGAGGCGUCCGCGGAUGACGUCUCCGUCGCGCGCCACACGCAGGGCGAGCGCUUCGCCGGCGACGAGCUCGUGGCGGCGCUCGACCGCGCGUUCGGGGUCAAGCAGAGCGAGGACAUCGCCGUGACGGCGCCGUUUCAAUACGACAAGGCCACGACGCCGCCGGUCGCCGCCGCGCCGCUCGCGAAGUCGGGCCUCAAGCUGAAGAACGGCGGCGACCUCGACGCGAACGCGGAUGCCGACGCAAAGCUGGCGGCCCUGCUGAACAACGCACCGGGCGCCGAAGCGUGGCUCGCCCGGUCGCGCGUCGUACGACAUGCGGUCUCGAACGUCCAGUUCGGCGAGGGCUUUGUUACGUUGUACAGACACCCGACGGUGUUCGGCUUCGUGGACCCGUCCUCGUCGCCGCAACACCUCGCGCUGAGAAACGCGCUCGCCAAGAGGACGCGCGCGACACGGCGGCGGCUCGACGACAUGACGGCGUGCGACCUGGCGGAGGAGACCUUUAUGGACAACAUGAUUUGGGGAGGGGAAAGCGAGUGCAAGGACGACAAGGAGGCGUUCCCCGGCAUGUGUCCGGCGUCGUGCCAGGCCGACAUCGAAGAUCUCAUCGCUGCGUGCGACGAGUGCGCCCUCACGGACGCCGUCUGCGACGCGACCGUGGACACCGACUUGUACCCCAGUCUGGCCGGGGAGCUGCGGUUCGAGUACAAGGCGCCCGUGGUCAUGGCCGGCGGCGACAUGGACGACGACUGUUAUAAGUACCUAGACGAGAACGAGGACGAGGAAGGCCUCGAGGGCCAGCUCGAGGACGACAUGCAGUGCCUCGACCGGGACGAGCCGGACUUCGACUGCUGGGUCGAAGACCACGAAAACGGCGACGGCACGGCCACGAUCGGCUGCGAAGGCUGUUCGUCGGACGGGACACAAUCCGGCUUCGAGGCUGCGAUGGCGACGUUCUUCCAGAAUCUCGUCGCGAGCACGGGCGGCCCGUGCAGCUUCGACGCCAGCGCGUCCCUGGUGGCGCUGGGCGGGGCGUCCGGCUCGCCCACGAAUUCGAAGUACAGCGACCUCGACAGCGAAUUAGUCCCGGACGACAUGAAAGUGCGAUUCCCCUACGGCGACAACGGACUGUUCGACGUGAUGAGCCUCUGGGGCCCCGAGGGCUGCCGGUACCCGUACUACGGCUACCUGCCGGACGCGCCGCUCUGCGACGAGUGCUCGUCGAUGUUCGAGGCCAAGGAGGACAUCCUAAAGGGUCUGUGGGAUGGCCCGUGCAACUCGGAAGACCCGCCGGGGGACGACGACUCGCUGCCGCUGCCGCCGAACUACCCCGGCUGCGGCUGCGACUGCGCGGACUUUCUUCGGAGAGACCUCUCCACGUGCUCGUCCGACUCGUGCGUCAACGUCGCGCAGGAAUACGCCUCUCCGAAUACCGUCUGCAGCGGCUCCGACGUCAGUUGGGACACGACCUCGUCUGCGGAUGGCUGCGCCGACACCUACGGCGACGGGUCCUUCGCCUCAAUCUGGGGCGACGCGUGCCUCGACGACGACGGCGAGGUCCAGGGCGCCUCCGAGCAGUGCUACGAGACACUGGACGACCUUCAACCGACCUUCCGGCCUACGACGUUAAUGCCCUGCCCCGACGAAGAGAGCGCUUACCUGACGUGCGUGAAUGCGGCGGCCCAAAACGGGGUUGACGCGUCGGCCGGCCUCGGAUGGGGUUGCUGCGACCAGGACGCCGUCGACGGUGGAUCCUUUCCGAGCACUUGCGUCGGCAUGCAAACGUACUCCGAGUUCCAGGACGCGUGCGGCGAUCCGGCCCCGGAGUGCGCGGCGGAAUGGUCGACCUACAUCGAGUGCGUGUACGCGGAAGUCGUCGACGUGAUAAAUGGGGAUCUCACUGGGGCGGCUCCGCUGAACUGCGACCUCAGCUGCACGCUGGACCCGACACCAGCGCCAAGCCACCACCCGACCCCGCCGCCGUCGGUCAGACCGACGCCCCGCCCCACGCCGGUACCAAGCCGCCGCCCGACCCCGCGGCCGUCGGUCAGAGCGACGCCCCGCCCCACGCCGGUACCAAGCCGCCGCCCGACCCCGCGGCCGUCGGCAAGACCGACGCUGCGCCCCACGCCAGCGCCGAGCCCCCGACCUACGCCGCGGCCGUCGGCCAGACCGACGCUGCGCCCCACGCCAGCGCCGAGCCCCCGACCUACGCCGCGGCCUAGCGCGAGACCGACGCAGAGACCCACUCCUCGGCCGACGCCUAUUCCCUCGCCACUACCGACAUCGCGCCCGACGUUGCGUCCCACGCCCGGACCGACGCCGCUGCCGGGAAAUCCUACUCAACGGCCUACCCCACAACCGACUCCCAGGCCUACGCCGCGCCCGACUCAGCGGCCGACGCAGCGCCCGACUCCCAGGCCCUCGCAGCCACCGAGUCCUAGGCCGUCGCCCGCGCCGACGCCGGCCCCCACGCCGUCGCCGUCGCCGGCCCAGACGGUGGUCGAGGUCGCCUCGUCGGUCAGUCUCGAAGGCGUGGUGGCCGACGAAUUUAAUGCGGACGAGGACAUGAAGGAGGCGUUCGCGCAGUCCAUCAUCGACAGUUCGGACGGUGUCUUCGACGAAGUGGUUGAUGUGGAGGCCGUCGUCCGCCGGCGGCGCCUGCAGGCGGAGUAUCCGCCUUCUCCGGCGCCAACGCGGGAGGCAGAUCGUACUCUGGCGCCGACGCGGGCGGCCGCGGGCCUCGCGGACGUCUCUUACACGGGCGUCGCGCGCGUCGACGGCACCGAGGACGCCGAGGCCGUAUCGACGGAUUUAUUGGAGAAGGCCGCGGCCGCCCUGACGACCGCGGUCGACGACGGGAGCUUUCUGACCAAGCUUCGGACCAACGCCGCGGAACGCUCGCCCGAAGCCGCCGCCGCGUUCAACGCCAUCACCCUCGACGAGACGGCGACGCGAGCUCACAUCGGGCGAGCAAGCCGCGUGUUUGUCGUCACGACACCGGAGCCGACCGCGGCGCCGACGCCAAAGCCAUUGUCUCUGCCGACGCCAAAACCGACCCCAGCACCGACGCCGCGGCCGUCCCUCACGAUGUCGCCCGUAUCUUUGGUCUCAGGCGGCGGCUCUGGCUCCGGAUCUGGCGCAGCGGGCCCGGACGCGGCGACGGCGGGCGGCGCGGCCGCCGGCGCGCUCGUGUUGCUCCUGGCCGCCGCCGGAGCCUUCUUCUUCUACCGUCGAAACACUGCUGCUAAGAAGUCGCAGGACGUUGAGGCCAACGCGAACGGGGUAUGCGACGAGGCCGGCGGAUUGGAGGCGCCACCUCAAACAGCCCUCAUCACCUCCAAGGUCGACGAGCCGCCGCCGCCGCCCGCGCCGGGGCUGCUUGCCCGGGCCCUGAGUCGCCGCGGGAGCGACGCUGCCGCGGCCGCGCCCACCACUACCGUUCGCGGCAAGAAGAAGCGCGGACCGGUUAAGGGGGCGACAGCAAAGGCGGACAGCAAGAUCCGCAUGGUCUACGCGCCGAUGCGGACGUGGUACGGAGCACCGGCGCGGCGCGCGCUGCGCCAGCGGCACGGAACGUACCCGGCGACGCCGGAGGCGCUCGCAAACUGGAAGUCGUUCGGCGCUGUGACGACGGCGUUCCUCGACGAUCAGGACGUCGCGUCAACAGGCGCGCCCGCAGCGUCGGCCGCGGAGCCCCCGGCCGCGGCGCCGCCGGCCGCCGCGCCAGUGACGGCGCCCUGGGCGCCCCCCGCGCCGGAGGCGCGCGGCUGGUUCGGCUGGGGCGCGGGCGGCGACCCCGCUUCUCCGUCGCCGCCGCUCGAAGGUGUCCUCGUCACACCGCCGACGGCAGUUCCCGUCACGGCAUCGGUCGUCGCGUCAUCGGCACCCCGAAACUUCUGCCCGACCUGCGGCAACCGGCUCGCGGACGGCGCGAACUUCUGCAUGGCGUGCGGCCGUUCCGUUUCUUCCUGA